ACUGUACAAACAGCACCGCCCCGCUCUCCCCCUUACUUGUUUGUCUUAAGUGAGGAACAAUCCAUCGCAGCCGGGCUCGAUUGACACUGUCUGCUGAUCUGCUACUGCGGCUGGCACAGAAUAACAAGGCAGUUCGUUAAUACCCGUCUAUCGGGGCUUUCUCCUAUACACCGAGCGAGAGAUAGCGAAAAAAAAGGCGAGUGAGGCAGUCAAGAACAUCGCGCAGACCAAGUUCCGCACCCAAGGAUGGCUUCGGGAGAUCUUUAUGAGGUGGAGAGAAUAGUGGACAAGCGGAAGAACAAGAAGGGCAAAUGGGAGUACCUGAUCCGGUGGAAAGGCUACGGCAGCAAGGAGGACACCUGGGAGCCCGAGCACCACCUGCUCCACUGCGAGGAGUUCAUCGACCAGUUCAACAGCCUGCAUCUGCACACAGAUCGCCGAACCACCAAACCAGCCGCCAAGUCCAGUGGGGGCUGCCCUCGGCACCUCAGCCGUCCAGGCGCCCCGGAGCACACGCGGGCUCGAGGGGACCAUCGGAAGAAAAAACGUCCUUCUGUGACAGGGACUGUGGCUGGGGUCGGGGGAGGGCUUGGGCUCGGGGCCGUUGGAGGAGCAGGACUGGACUCCCAGCAUAAACCCAGAAAGGUGCCAGCAGGGAGCAAGCCGACCGGGGACAGAGUGACCAAAACUAUGCCAUACAAGAGCGUGCCAGGAGGGCUUCAGUUUGUGCCUUCUCCUCGCAGCCCUAACGGACUACAGAAUGGGGAUGUGGACCCCUUGCAUUACAGGACUAAUGCCAGAACAGCACAUGCGAUGCCUAGUGGGGAGAGGAUGGAAAGAAUGCUUGGGGAUAUGGACAUCAGUGGAGCUCCACCGCACAUGAGCAGAUUAGGAGCUACUCUCGCAAAUGGAGGAUUAAAUUUGCACAGCUCAGUGAAAAGAAAGUUGGCGGAGGACAAAGGCUAUGUGUUUGACAAGAGACUUAGGUACAACGUGCGACAGAGCGACAACAACUGCCGGUUCCGAGACAUUGUAGUCAGGAAGGAAGAAGGCUUCACGCACGUUUUGCUCUCGAGCCAAACCUCAGACAACAAUGCACUCACACCAGAGAUAAUGAAGGAGAUGUGUCGUGCCCUGGGGAACGCGGCGGCCGACGAUAGCAAGCUGUUGCUGCUGAGCGCCGUGGGCAGCAUCUUCUGCAGCGGACUGGACCCCUCCUACCUCAUCGGACGCCUGUCCACCGACCGCCGGAAAGAAAGCAGUCGGAUCGCCGAUGCUGUGCGGGACUUUGUGAAGGCAUUCAUCCAUUUUAAAAAACCUAUUGUGGUGGCCAUCAACGGUCCCGCCCUGGGCCUGGGGGCGUCCAUCCUGCCACUGUGUGACAUUGUGUGGGCCAGCGAGAGAGCCUGGUUCCAGACGCCCUGUGCCGCCCUCCGCCUCACCCCCUCCGGCUGCUCUUCCUACACCCUCCCCCAGAUACUUGGGGUGGCUCUGGCAAAUGAGAUGUUGUUCUGUGGGAGGAAGCUCACAGCACAGGAAGCCUGCAGUCGUGGGCUGGUCUCCCAGGUCUUCUGGCCCACCACAUUCAACCAGGAAGUGAUGCUGCGGGUGAAAGAAAUGGCUGCCUGCAGUGCAGUGGUUCUAGAAGAGUCCAAAUGCCUGGUGCGGAGCAUCCUGCUGUCCGUUCUCGAUGACGUCAAUGAGAAGGAGUGUCAGAUGCUGAAACAGCUGUGGUGCUCCACUAAGGGCCUGGAGGCACUCUUCAACUACCUGCAGAACAAGGGCUACGAGGCCUGAGCCAGCACCUGCACACCCGCAUCGUCUGGAGACGGGAGCUGGAGAGCCGGCGCUGGUCAAGGCUUUGUGAUCUUGAGAGAAUGAGAGUGCGAGAGCGUGUGAUUGACCGUAGACCUUCCCACUGCCCUGAGAACAAAACAAAGCCUGACCAGUCUUGAUUGUUUUUUUGUUUUUUUUAUUUCAGGCUUGGUCAAGGUCACAACAAAAGAGAGAAAGAGAGAGAGAGAGAUGUGUUCUGACCUUUCACUGUUUCUAAUGUGUACUGUGCAAGGUGUGGCUUGUUUUGGGUCUUUUGGGUUUUCUAUGUGCUGUCGCCAGCGUUGUGCUUUUGCACCCCUAUCGUUCCCAGAGCUUUAGUUUCAAGGAAGGUCCAGGAUCGCUGAGCUAGCUGUGUGAUCAGCCUGUGAGGAGAUGAGGGGUCAUGGUUUGGCCUCCAUCUUUCUCUCAGUGGUAGGUCAUUAAGUCAUCCAAAGGUGGUAAGGCUGGAGUAAUGAUCUCAGAGCACUUCUAGAACCUGUCUAGAAAUUCUAGAAAUGUCUUUUCUUUUGUUGAUUGCCCAUGGGUACGGCAGAAACUUUCUGAACUUAUUCAUGUAUGAAGCCCUUUGUCAUAUUUAUUUGUUAUGCAAAACAGUGCAAUGAAGUGUAAAACUGCUAUGAUAGCCAUGUUAGUUGUGCUCCUCCUUGAUUACUUGAUUAGCAGUACAAUAUUUAAAUUGUGGGUUUUCAUCAGUCUUCAAUUUUGUAAUAAUGAUUUUGAAUCUCUCCAGGUGUGUAAAUGUACACAUAUUCUUAUCAUAAACCAAAGGUUGGUGACACAGAUCACAGUUGCUUUUUGACUAGAAUGCAUUUCACCUUCACUGUGCGGAUCGAAACUGUGUAUGAACAUAAUUAUAGUUUUCUAAAAGCUUCUAAAAUGCACCGUCUUCGCAAAGGGGAGGCAGUGUUGCAAACCAUAAACACCACAAUUUGUUUUUAGAACUUUCAGUAUUUUUUCCCACAGACGCAACAAGCAACAUGAACAUUAAUUAUAACAGGAGGUCAUUUUAUUUAUAAUUUAUUUUGAGCCGACUGUGGAAUCCUGCUCAGCCACUUGGUUAGGGAGUUGUGACUUCAGAGGCUUUCGUAUUAUGAGAUUAAAUCCAAACAGUGUGAUGAAAACAAUUGAAUAUUAACAUUAUUUCACAAUGUUUGUGUGUGUAGCUUAUAGUAAACAGUCAGGUCCAUCUAUAUCUGUGCAAUGCAGCUUCCUAUGUAUGUGUAGAUAUGCCCUUUGCACUAAAGGAUCAUUGAAAAGGCCAUUACUAACAGAUACAGCUCUGUAUAUAAAGGGUGAAUAGACACCUGAGACCGAAAACACAUGCAUUUCUUUCUUUUUGUAAAAUGAUUCAAGAGCUGAAGCUGAAACUCUCAUGCAUUCAGUCAUUACUUACAUGACAUGACACCAUGUCUUCUGAAGGAUGUGGUGAUGAAAUGUGUUGUGGAGUUUACUUUUAAAAUGGUGCUCCUUACUUUUUGUUAAGGCUUAUCAAAUAAUCACCGAAAGGAGCAUCACAUGCAGUGGGCAACUUACUAGGCUGCUGUGAUGUACCAAGAGCCACAUCAGCAUCGCAGCAUCCCAUAAUCACGUCACUGCCGCCUUCAUUAUGCAGCACUUGUGGUUCUUCCUAUUCUAUUCUGUCAAAGCUGUUCAAGCAGUGAUGACAGCACUGUGUUUUGGCAGUGUGGAGAGUGCACAUUUUAAGCACUGAAAUAUCCAAAGUGACAAUAAACACCACAUAAGAUGGUUGUCAGAAGAGACAUUUGAGCUCAGAGAAAAGCUUGAGGGGGUGGAGAUUUUUAUUAUUUAUUUAUUGCCAGAAGAUGCUUCCUGGAGAAAAGUGUGUAUAUUUGCUCUUAGUUUUAAAGUGUGUGGUUGAAUUGAAUCUUUGUGGUGUAAAUAUAAGAGAGGCAAAGGUCUAAAUCAUUGUGCAUAGUUUGUAUCCAUAUGUAAAAUUAGGUCAAGUAACUAUACGUUCACUGGUUCAUAAGAUUGUGUAUUUUUGUAUAAAGAGAAACAUAAUGUCCUCUUCGUCCCAAAGUUAUCAGAUCGUGUCAUCACACCUGUCAUCAGUUAGGGUGUCCUUGUUGUGAUGGUGGUUGUGCUGCAGAAGUAACUCUGUCUGCAUGUCAUGUCUUCAGGAUAUAUGUGUAUACAUAUAUAAAUAUAUUAUAUAUUUGUUUAUAUACAAUGGCAGAUGUAGUUUUUUUGCGAGCAUUUUUACAAUAUUGAUACUGUUUAUGGUAUGAAUCUGUACACAUUUACAGUAUAGUAUAGGCUGUUAUAUCGUGUAAUUAUGCAUGUAAUAUAUUGUAGAUAAUUGUCACCGUCAAAACUUUAUAUUUCUGGUGUUUUUUGUAUAGGCAUAGUGAGCAAUUGUAGAAAUGUUGCACAGUUUAUUUUUUUAUUUAUUUAAAGAUUUUAACCAGUGAUCCCUGUGGGGCGACAGUGCCAUAAUAUUUAACUCUCCCUGAAGCACAUUUGAGUUUCUUUUUGACUUAUACAUAACCCCAGAAAAUGAUUUCACGUGAAUGUAAAAGCGUUAAUAAGAGCUUGUGAACUAUGUGUAAUGUAUUUUAACAUAUACAAAUUUGGUUGUGAUGCUGGACAUACCUGUGUACAAUCACUUUAUCUUAGAGAGGAUUAAUGAGUGAACAUGACAUUGAUUGGUAGUUUAUGUCAUUUACAUACAUUUAAAAAACAAAGAACAUUGCCAAAUCUGUCAUCCAUUUGUCUGACCCAUGGACGAUAUGCAGUGUACAGUUUAAAAUGUGUGUAAUCAUUUGACAUCCUGUAGCAAUAUGGAAAAAAAAAUGAAUUUGGCUGGCGAGUUAUUUGAGAUUACAUCACAAGUAACUUCUGAUUUUGUCCUCUCAACCUUGAGUGUCAUUAAUGGAAUCCUGGAUAAUAUCAAACACCAUUUCAUACCAUUGCACUAAUGACUGAUGUUGUAUGAAAUUGAUGGAUAACCUCAACAAUGUCAACAAGAAAUAAAGAAACAUACGUUUUGAUUGUACCUCUGCAAGACAGCACAUACAAACGUUCAAAACUGACAAAUAAUUCCAUCUAUGUACUUGACUGGGGGAAAAUCUUUAUUCUUCUGUUGUUGAUUUUAGUUGUUGUUUAAUGUGUCAAUCUUGUGUUGAAAUAUGUCCUCUGUAUUAUUUAAAAACAUAAUUAAUUUCUUGUAUUGCAUUUGGAUAAUUUAUUGCAUGCCAACUUUCUUAUAAUGCUUUUAUGAAUUUGUUAAAUUCCCUUCAAGAAUCUUUUGAUGUCCCCCUGACAACGCCAGGGGAGAACAGUUCCUACACCACAAUAUAGUUCAGUUCAAAUUUUCUGGGUGCCUUAGAAGUCGUUUCCUGUAGGAUCUGUAGAACACUGUCUUCACAUUAGUUUUGAGAGAGACGGUUGCAAUGAAAGAAUAAAAAGUUAACACGUA